AUGAUGCUCCUUCUGACUUUUGUGUUUCUGCUUCUGCAGUACUCCAGUUAUGUCUACUCCUUUGACCGCUCUUACUGUGCUACAAAGACAAAAACCAGUGUAUACAAGGAUGGAGAAAUGGUGAUUGCUGCAUUUUUACCUCUUUUUACUAUUGUCAUAGAUUCUCCGGCUGAUGAUCCAAGCAAUGAGAAUUUCUAUAUUCAGUUAAAUUUGAAAAACUACCAGAUUGUUCUGGCAAUGGUUUAUGCAAUUGAGGAAAUCAACAGGAACCCCCAUAUUUUACCCAAUGUGUCUCUGGGAUAUGAUAUUUAUAAUGUCCUAUUCAAUGAAUGGUGGACAUUAGACAGAUGCAUCACAUGGCUGUCUGGGCUGAAGGAGUAUGUGCCUAAUUACACGUGCAGAAGAGCUGAUGUUUUCAGCCUGGCAGGUCACACUUCUUAUUUUGGAUCUCUAAGGGUACAAAAUAAACUACUUGUAACUGAUAAAGGGCUGCACCCUUUUCUGAAGAACAUGCAGUUUUUUAAUCCUGCUGGAGAACAAGUGAAUUUGGAUGGAAAAAUGAAAUUGAAUGCAGAGUAUGACAUUCUCAACUUCUGGAACUUUCCAGAAGGUCUUCAACUUAAGGUUAAAGUUGGACAAUUUUCCCCAUAUGGUCCACUUGGUCAACAAUUAUCUGUAUCUGAGGACAAGAUAGAAUGGGCCACUGGAAUUACAGAGACUCCCCACUCUGUAUGCAGUGAAAGUUGUGGUCCUGGAUUCAGAAAAUCUGUCCUGGAAGGAAAAGUGGCCUGUUGUUUUGACUGCAUCCCAUGCCCAGAGAAUGAAAUUUCCAACGAGACAGAUGUGGAUCAAUGUAUGCCGUGUCUAGACCAUCAAUAUGCGAACAAAGCACAAGACCACUGCCUCCAAAAAUCUAUGACCUUCCUGGAUUAUGAAGAUCCCAUGGGGAUAGGUCUGUCCUGCAUAGCCUUGUGCUUCUCUGCACUGUCAUCUCUAGUUCUUGGCAUCUUUCUGAAGCAGAAAAACACUCCCAUUGUGAAGGCAAAUAACCGCACUCUCAGCUACAUCCUGCUUGUAGCCCUUAACUUCUGUUUUCUCUGCUCUUUUCUCUUCAUUGGCCAUCCCAACACAGCCACUUGCAUCUUACAGCAGACCACAUUUGGAGUGGUGUUCACUGUGGCUGUUUCCACUGUCUUGGCCAAAACUAUUACUGUGGUUCUGGCCUUCAAGGUCACAGCUCCAGGAAGAAGAAUCAGGUGGUUGUUGGUAACACGGGCACCUAACUUCAUUGUUCCCAUCUGCACCUUGAUCCAAAUUAUCUUGUGUGGAGUCUGGUUGGGAAACUCUCCUCCCUUCAUUGACACAGACACACACUCUGAACAUGAACACAUUAUCAUCAUGUGCAACAAGGGUUCAGUCACUGCCUUCUACUGUGUGCUGGGAUAUCUGGGGGCUCUGGCCCUGGGAAGCUUCACCAUGGCUUUCUUGGCCAGGAACCUACCUGACACUUUCAAUGAAGCCAAGUUCCUGACAUUCAGCAUGCUGGUGUUCUGCAGUGUCUGGAUCACCUUCCUCCCUGUCUACCACAGUACCAAGGGAAAGGUCAUGGUGGCUGUGGAGGUCUUCUCCAUCUUGGUCUCCAGUGCAGGACUUCUAGGCUGUAUCUUUGCUCCCAAGUGCUACAUCAUUUUGUUAAGACCACAAAGGAACUCUAUUCAGGGUCACAGGGACAAAAUACAUUAUAGUUAUAAGACUUAA